GGAGGGCCGCAGGCUCCCCGUCCCUGGUUUACAGCCUCCGCUCCAAAGGGGCUGCUUCUCGUCUGCGUUAUCUACUAACUGCACACCCCGCGGAAGACAAAGGCGGUGCUGCAGGUAGCGCAUCCAAUGAACAAGCUGCCUCGUGUUCCCUCCUCGUUAUCUCGUGAAUCGCUGCGUCUGAGUGGCGGAGAGAUACAAGAGGGUUCCCCGGUCGCGCAAACCGAAGCGGGCGGGUAGACAGGCAGGGGAGUCCUCCAGCUUUGAUUGCACUGGUGUAACUGCACCCACUGCAUUUGGCAUUUUCGCUUUGGCUGGGCGCAGCCGCGUCACCUUACACCUCCCCUCGCCACCGCCACCAUGACGGCGGAGGUGCAUCAGCUGCCUUAUGCAUCCCGGCUCCUUUUGUUUCUAACCGUAGUAGCUGUAGGGGUGAAGUGGACGGAACCCUCUGUCGCUGCAGCAGGGGAUGCUCCACCCGGCAAAAUAGCUAUUGUGGGAGCCGGGAUUGGAGGCUCAUCAGUGGCACACUUCCUGCAGCAGCAUUUCGGGCCACAGGUACAGCUGGACGUGUACGAAAAGGACACAGUGGGAGGUCGCCUAGCCACAGUCACUGUCAACAAACAGCAGUAUGAAAGCGGCGGGGCCUCCAUUCAUUCACUGAACUUGCACAUGCAGGACUUCGUUAAGCUCCUGGGACUGAAGCACCGCCGAGAAUUGGCAGGGAAGAGUGCUAUCUUUAAUGGUGAGCAGUUGGUCCUGGAGGAGACGGACUGGUAUCUGCUGAACCUCUUCCGGCUCUGGUGGCACUAUGGCAUGAGCUUUCUGCGCCUGCAAAUGUGGGUGGAAGAAGUAAUGGAGAAGUUCAUGAGGAUUUACAAAUACCAGGCCCACGGCUAUGCAUUCUCUCGCCUCGAGGAACUCUUGCAUUCACUGGGUGGUGACACCUUUGUCAACAUGACACAGCGCUCUGUGGCAGAGUCCCUGUUGGAGGUGGGCAUCACACAGCGCUUCAUUGAUGAUGUCAUUGUGGCCAUUCUCCGCGCCAGCUAUGGACAAUCAGUACUGAUACCUGCAUUUGCAGGGGCCAUGUCACUAGCAGGGGCACAGGGCAACAUGUGGGCUGUAGAAGGUGGCAACAAGCUGGUAUGCUCAGGUUUGCUGAAGCUCACGAAAGCCAACAUAAUUGAGGCUGCUGUGUCUGCCAUCUCCCUGCACAGUUCAGAAGGAAAAACCUUCUACCAGGUGCACUAUGAGGAUGAGGAAGGCCAGGGCUCUAGCUUCUAUGACAUAGUGAUCAUUGCCACUCAACUGCACGAUAGCAAGAGCAGCAUAACCUUUCAGAACUUUGACCCUCCCAUCGCUGAGUUCCCAGGAAUUUUUCACACCACUGUCUCUUCCAUCAUUCAUGGCUACCUCAACUCCUCUUAUUUUGGCUUCCCGGAUCCAAAGCUCUUCCCUUUUGCCAGUAUCCUCACUGCAGAUGCUCCCACCAUCUUCUUCAAUUCCAUGGAUAACAUUUGCCCUGUCAAUAUAUCCGGUACCUUCAGGCGAAAGCAGCCCCAGGAGGCAGCCAUAUGGCGAGUUCACUCUCGGCAUCCCUUGGAGAAGCAAGAGCUGAAGACUCUGUUCCGUUCCUACUACUCUGUCCAGGUGACAGAGUGGCAGGCAUGUCCUGACUAUGGAUCUGUCAAGACCCUCCCGCCCAUUGUUCUCCACGAUAACCUCUACUACCUCAACAGUAUGGAGUGGGCAGCCAGCUCAAUGGAAAUGGCUGCUGUGGCAGCCAAAAACGUGGCCCUCUUAGCCUACAACUUCUGGUAUCAUGACCUAGGGAAAAUAGACCAGAAGGACCUGAUGCACAAAGUGAAAACUGAGCUGUGAAUUUAUAGCUGGUAGAGAAAACUUUCCCAGAAACUCCCCUUUACUGCAUGCAAGAUGAGGGGGAUGGCAUUGAAAGAUUACACUGGAGUUUUAAUAGGGUGGUACGUGGAAGACUUGUUAUCAUAUACAUCCCUGUGCAUCUGUGGUCUACAGUAAGUGCAUCCCACUCCCCGCUAUGUUUUGGAGCGUCUGUGAGCUAACAUCUAUAUGUACCUGGCUAUUGAGGCUUUCCCUGGCACAACUUUGGAACGGGUCUGAGCUGGUUGACAAUGAGCUUCACCUACAGGGAUUCCAGCCUCAAAGAGCUGGCUUUCUGCUUCAGGCUCAGUGCUCCUUACCUGCUGAACCAUAUCCAUGCAUCACCACUACCUGUGACUUGGCAAGCUAUUCCUGUGUUCAGAACAAAUCAGUGCCCUGGAAUAGAUCUCCACUUGCCUCCGUAGCAGCUGCAGAACUGAUUCCCUGUUACUGUGUGCUAGACUUCCUUUUUGUGCUUAGGCUCUGUGCUAAAGGGAAUACAGUGGGCAGGGACACGCCUCUGAUGUGAGACCCCUGUGGCCCGUGUGUGUGUGUGCGCGUGUGUGUGCGUGUUGCCAUCUGAAGCAAUGUCAUUCCUUUGGUUUGUUGCCAAGCUUCAUGAACUUGCCUCUAAUUGUGAUCAACCAGAAGCCCCCUGAAUUAGGUCUUCCGAUAUUGGCUAAAGCUCAGGUUUAACAUCCUUUUGACUCUGCCUGCCUGUCCAUAUGUGAAACUGUAUAACCAUUGUCCUGAUCACCUCAAAUCCUUGCAGCUUAUGACAGAUCGAAUGUUGCCAUGCCAUGUGUGUGAUAGGAAUGGACUGAGCAUACUUCCCGCCAAAAAAAGGCAAAAAAGAAAAAGUUGAUAUCCAUUAUUUCUAAACUAUGAGGAACUGCUGUAUAUACAUCUGGAAACUUU